CCGUGCCUCCAUGGCUGCAGCGCUAACCCAGACCUGCUGCCGCUCUGGGGAGUGAAGGGCGUCUGAAGGAACGUCUCUGUGUCUCCACGCCAUGGCAGAAUCUCUCCCGCUGUGCUACCACGGCGCCAUCAGCAAGAAGGAGUGCGAGGAGCUUCUGGGAAAGAAGAACAAGGACGGAGCGUAUCUGAUCCGAGCCAGUGAGACGCUCCAGGGAGCCAUGUGUCUGUGUGUCUAUAAAAAGAAGGUGGUGAAUACCUACAGGCUGUUUCAGACAUGUACUGGACAGUACACUCUGCUGACGGCAGGAGGUGUGCAGGAGAUGUGUUUUAAGACCUUGGAUGAUCUGAUCCUGCACUAUAAGAAGAAGAACCAGGGCAUGGUCAUGCACCUGCGGCACUCUGUGAAAAGGAAGACGGCCUUGUUGAUCCAACCCCGAAGACCACCUGAAAAUCCAGUGGAAGAAGACAAGCAGAGGAUGUUGGUAGAAGCGUCGGAUUAUGAGAAUGUUACGGACUCCGACUAUGUUGACGUCCUCCCUGAAUAACUCCUACUUCAACUACACUGGAUUAAAUUCAGAAGAUUAAGGAAAGAAAACAUGGAUGAAAUGAGGUUCAGACGUUCAUGUUCUCCAGAGGAUGAAUCCUACUGAGCUCCCUUCUUUAUUUUUAAGCUUUUAUCAGAAAAGGGAAACGACUGUGUGACUCAUUUCACGAGGCCAUUUUCAUAUGAAACUUGCAAACUUUCAUACAUGGAAACUCUUGACCUAUGUAGCUUACACUAUUUAAAGUUCACUGAGCAUCAGCGCCCCCUGCAGCCACACGUGGGGAUUAAUCCUGUCGGGCUCCUUGUUGAGCGAUUAAGUGGCUUUCAUGUAGAGAAAAAUCUAAUUAUGUGUAGAUAUUACCCAUGAUCCUCUGCUUCCUGCCCCAGAAGAGCUGCAGCUGUAACAAAUCCACCAAACUCUGCUCAGAAUUCUUCAUGUUUUAACAAUUUCCUGCUGAAUAUUGAAGAUAAACUCUGGUUUUUCUGAGUGUUUCUAACUGAUCUCAGUUCAGCUUCACUCUUCAGCCGCAGCUGGUUGAGACAGGUUGUGACUCUCAGUCAGUUCUUCUCUCAGAAGAUGGAACCCACUCACCAGGGGGGGGGGAGUCACAGAGAACAGACGCUCAGCGAGAGAAGGAGGAAACUUUCUCCUCACUUUAUUCAAACUGUUGAUUUUGGGUAAAAACAAAGUUGUAUAUUGUCGCAUUAAAUAAAU